AUGGAGUCGGAGCUGCUAGGGGAGACCCCUGUGUGCGCCCCGGCAGAGCCGGUGCACUGGCAGUUCCUGACUCUGCUGGACACUGUGGGCAGGCGGAAUGGCCAGGUGCUAGUGAUGGAGAUGGAUGAUGUACAUGAGGCAGCCCCGCUCGUGCAGAUGGACUUUGCCCAGGAGCUCUUCAGAGGGAUCGACCUAAAGACCAAACUCCACCAGAAGGAGGAAAUCAAGGAGGAAGAGCAGGAGAUGCAACCGCAGCUGGUCUUCAUGCUCUGGCAAGCUGCCACGCUGAGGCAGCUCAUGCAGUGGGAACACCUGGAUGAAACACUCUGGAACUUAAGGAAUCUCUUUCCCUGCAUGCCAGCUGCUCUGGUACUGGUGAUGAUCCAGCCAGACCUGCAGCACCAGCAGGUGGAACCAGGACGGGCAGCCGGGGCACUAAGGAGAAUGCAGUGCUUGCUGGAUGGUGGCUUCCAGGAACUGGUGGUGGAAGCAGCUGUUUACAGCCCAGGCCAGCCAGAUGGGACCCUGGAGGUCAAGAGAGCCGCCUGCAGAGCCCUGAGAGAAGUUCUGAAGGGCCAAGGAGAAAUGACUCCCCAGGAUCCAGUUACCAUCCGACUCAGCCUGGGGGUGUGCAACACAGGAUACGAAAGACGGUAUGAGGACAGGCUCCCUUAG